AUGCAGAAACAGUUGCAGGAACAGAAACCGGAAUGGAAGUGGGAACCAGCACUGCUCACACCUGCAAAGCCCACGCGAAGGACCUCCAAUCCUCGGGGACCAAACACAAUGGCUGCAGAACAAGUUCUUCAGCACCAGCAGGACAUCCAUUGCAAAGGAUCAGAAGUGCUGGAUUCGAUAGACAAACACACACACACACACAGAGUCGGAAAGUCGGGCGACGAGCCACUAACCACCAAUCGUUCGCGCGCAGCCCGCAAAUGUCCCCGCAGCAGGAGCCACCACCACCGCCAGGACACUAGGAAAAGUGGCAGCCGGAGCCCCGCGGACAGCUUCCAGUUGGAUUACUCAAUCGACUUCUUCAAGACGUAUAUCGAUACGCAGCGUUUCUACGCCGGCCACAAGUUGGAUUUCAAACACCAGAGUUGUGCCGGCGGCCCAGGAUCCGGUGGUGGUGUUGCCGGUGGUGGCGGCGGGGGAGUGGGAACGGGUUUGGGCUUGGGUUUGGGACUGGGCUUGGGAGUCGGAGGCGUCGGCAGCAACACCAGCAACUCGGCGACGCAACAACAGCAACAGCAGCAGCAGCAACAACAGCAGCAGCAGCAGCAGCAGCAACAGCAACAGCAACAGCAGCAACAGCAAGUGGGAAACUCAUCGAACGGCAGCAAUUCGGUGGCCGCCUUGUCUCUAAAUCAUCCGCACGCCCUUGGCAGCCACGCCCACAGCAGCCACGCCCACGGACACGCCCACGCCUUAGCGGUUGCCCACGGUCAUCAGCACGGCUUGUUGCAACAGCAACAGCAGCAGCAGCAACAACAGCAGCAACAGACGCAACAGUUGCCGCCGGGCGUUGGUGUCGCAAGUCCCCUGCAGCAGCAACAGCAACAACAGCAGCAACAGCAGCAACAACAGCUGCUGAAUAACGGAGGAGGCGGUGGAACACCCACUCUGCUGAUUGGAAACGGACCGAGUUCCACGGGCGCGGGAUCGGGCAACGGAUCGGUUGCAGCAGCCGCCGCAGCAGCCGCGGCGGCGGCGACGGCGGCGGCGGGGGGACUGCCACACGUGGCGCCACACAGCCUGGGGCUGAGUCCGCAGUCGAGCGCGGAUUCGCAGCAGUUCAACAUCUUCCCGGCGAUCUUCAGCCGGCAGCUGAACUUCUCCGCCGGCGGCACCUCGGCGGGCAAGCUGAGCAUGGACGAGCUGCGGCCGAAUCUGGUCGGUGGGCUGCUGGGGUUGCAGCAGGGACUGCUGGAGGAUCAUGCCAGCAUGCAGCACGGGGGCGUGGCGCAGGACACCAAGUUCAUGUCCUUCCAGGACCAGCGGCUGAUGGGCAUCGGCGGCUCGCACGAGAACCGACUGCUCAGCCUGGCCAGCUCGGUGCAGGACACCCGGUCGCCGAUCACCACGCUGGAGAAGUCCUCCUCCUCCUCGCUGAACCACCAGCGCAAGUGCAGCAGCACGCCGGAGGACUUCAGCGCCCUCUACUCCGGCCUGCCCACCCCCGGCAUGGACUCGUCCUCGCACCACCACACGCCGGCCCACACGCCGCCCUCCCGGCUCUCCGACCACACCAUCUCGGCGGAAGGCGCGUUCAAGAAGCUGAAGCCGGAACCCAACAGCGGCCUGUCGACGGUUUCCGCCGGCAUCACCUCGCCAGGAAGCGGAUUAUCCUCGCUCAGCCAGCACGCCGGCCACACCCCAACCACAGCGUCCUGCCCCACGCCCGCCCGGCGGAGACACCGCACCACAUUCACACAGGAACAAUUAGCGGAACUGGAAGCAGCGUUCGCCAAAUCGCAUUAUCCGGAUAUUUACUGCCGCGAAGAGCUGGCGCGAACAACAAAGCUGAACGAGGCGCGGAUCCAAGUUUGGUUUCAGAACCGACGCGCCAAGUACCGAAAACAGGAGAAGCAGCUGCAAAAGGCUCUGGCACCGUCUGUGAUCCCAUCCUGCAACGGGAUGAUGAGGAACAUCCAGGGCUACAGCGUUUCCCGGGGAUACCAGCCGUAUCCGCACCACAACACCAUGAACCGCUAUCCCCAGGACCUCUUCCAAAUGGGCGCCUCCUCGUAUCCUGGGAUGACGCAACCGUUCUCCAUGGCCCACAGCACGAACAUGGGAUCCGUCGGAGUGCGUCAGGACUCGAUGGGCAUGUCGCCGGAGGACGAGUGGUACAACAAGAGUCUGUCCGCCCUGCGGAUGAACUCGUCGCAUCAUCCCAACCUGUCAGCCCCAAUGCUCCAAUACCAGACAUAAUCAAAGACCUUUGACGACUUCUUUUAAAAGAUCGCACCUUAAUUGCCUUGAUUCCGGGCCUUUAAAGUGCGGUGUUUUAAGGGUGAGUGCGUCAAGCGUUGAAAAUCCUCAAACAUCCACAAAAAACCAAGCACAAAACUCAAAACACAAAACUCAAAACACAAAACUCAAAACUCAAAACACAAAACUCAAAACACAAAACAAACCAAAAACUAUUCUCUGUCUAUAUCUAUGCAUAUAUCGCUGUAUAUAUGUACAUAGUAUAUAUACGGGUGUGUGUGUCAGUCAGUCAUUAGUCUCCAGAAUCGGGAUCGGAUAUAGAGAUAUAGAGAUUCGAAUGGGCAUCCAAAUCUAUGUCGCUUUUCAGCUCUGGGCGGGAUUUACUCAUAAGACUUGUUGAUAUUAUUCGGUGUGUGUUUUUUUUUUGCAUAUUUUUUUUUCUUUGGACCAACCAGAUCCAAAUCGAAAUAAGAUAAGGCUUGGAUGUAGAAAGCCAGAAGAAUCGGAGGUAAACAAAUACGAGCGGAGGAUAUAAUGUAAUAGGCAACUAGUCAUAGAAUCUAAGCAAAUUGUGUAUUGAGAUUUUAUCGUGGCAUUAUAAAAAGUAAUAUAAAAAGCACAAGUCGUGCGAAUAUAUAUAAAUUUAAAUAAAUACCUAUAUACUAAAGUAUGUACUAGCGGUAGGAUAAGAAUUCCGGUUGCUUGACCCCACCCCCAAAAAAAAAGAAACCAAAAAUCAAUGAAAGAAACCAUAGAUGGAGCCCAGUCUUAUCUGAUCUGAUCUGAUCGGAUCCUAUCCUAAGCUCCAACAACGCAACUCUUUGGUUGCUUUCACCGACUCGACUUUCCAUUGCCUGCUCACUAUCCAUUUAAAUAUAGCUUACUCAACAUACGACGUACAUAUAGAGCUCCACCUCCAACCAUCCGAAUGCCUGUCCAAUCCAUCCCUUUCAUAAACUCCAAGUGCACAGUGAAAUCGAAGCAUCCGCAAGUCGAAAGCCCAAAAACCCAACCGAAUAAAACCACAAACUUUCUAACUAAUUCAAGGUGUGUCGAACUAAUUAUAAGAUGAUUUUUUUUAGCUAAGCAAUGCAUUAACGAGUUAUAUUUAAUAAUAAUACUAAACGAAA